AAUUUAGAAAAAUGUAAAAUAUAGUUCUGUUGUUAUCACUUCUCAGAUCCAGUAAACAAAAAUCGGAAUCAUGCCUCUCAGUUGUCACAAACACAUGAGGGAAAAGUGGAAUUUAUUGGGAUCUCACUCAUGACAAAGUCAAAUUAAAGAUGACAAAAUGAUAGCCAAGUUCGAAGAUAAAAACAGUUUUUUUUAAAUAGAUAGAUUAAAAACAAACAAGAUUCUGCCCUGGUUUUUCUAUUCUUGCCAAACCUCAACAACGUUUCUUGUGUUAGAUUGAAAGAAAGCAUGGCCAAAAAUGGUGAGGGAUGUGCCAUAGGAAUUGACCUAGGCACCACUUACUCGUGUGUUGCAGUUUGGUUGGAGCAACAUGGCAGAGUAGAGAUCAUUCACAAUGACCAAGGAAACAAAAUUACUCCCUCCUUUGUUGCUUUCACAGAUGAUCAAAGAUUGAUUGGUGAUGCUGCUAAGAAUCAGGCUGCAACAAACCCUGAAAACACUGUCUUUGAUGCUAAGAGGUUAAUUGGUAGGAAGUAUAGUGAUCCCAUUAUCAAAAAUGAUAUGAUGUUAUGGCCAUUCAAGGUUAUUGCGGGUGACAAUGACAAACCCAUGAUUGUUGUUAAGUAUCAUGGUAAGGAGAAGCAUCUUUUUGUUGAGGAAAUAUCAUCCAUGGUUCUCACAAAGAUGCGAGAGAUUGCAGAGGCAUAUCUGGAGUCACCGGUUAAGAAUGCAGUAAUCACUGUGCCGGCCUAUUUCAAUGACUCUCAGCGUAAAGCGACUAUAGAUGCGGGUGUUAUUGCUGGCCUCAAUGUUAUGCGGAUAAUCAAUGAACCCACAGCUGCAGCUAUUGCAUAUGGACUUGACAAGAGAACUAAUUGUAAGAAAAAGCGAAAUAUUUUCAUCUUUGACCUUGGAGGUGGUACUUUUGAUGUGUCUCUCCUUACAAUUAAAGGGAAGGAAUUCAAAGUCAAAGCCACUGCAGGAAAUACUCACUUAGGAGGAGAGGACUUUGAUAACAGAAUGGUGGAAUACUUUGUAGAAGAGUUUAGAAGGAAGAGCAAAUUGGAUAUCAGUGGAAAUCCUAAAGCCCUAAGAAGGUUGAGAAGUGCUUGCGAGAGGGCGAAAAGGACACUCUCAUGGACUACAUGUACCACAGUUGAGGUAGAUUGUUUGUUUCAGGGCAUUGAUUUUUGUUCAUCAAUCACUCGUUCAAGGUUUGAGGAACUUAACAUGGACCUCUUUGAAGAGUGUAUGGAGACAGUGGAUAGGUGCCUCAAUGAUGCUAAGAUUGACAAGUGCAAAGUGCAUGAUAUUGUCCUUGUUGGUGGAUCUUCUAGGAUUCCGAAAGUGAAGGAGUUAUUGGAUGAUUUUUUCAAGGGGAAGAGUCUGUGCAAGAGUAUCAAUCCUGACGAGGCCGUUGCUUACGGUGCAGCUGUCCAGGCUGCUUUGUUGAGCAAAGGCAUUAAGAAUGUUCCUGACUUGGUGCUCUAUGAUGUUACACCGCUGUCUCUUGGUAUUUGGGCAACAAGAGGUAUCAUGAGUGUGGUGAUUCCAAGGAAUACUACUAUUCCUGUAAAGAAGACAAAAUGUUACUUGACAAAUCUAGAUAACCAAUUCAGUGUCCGGAUUCGGGUUUAUGAGGGCGAGAGAGCUAGAGCAAGUGAUAACAAUUUGCUCGGUUCCUUUGAUCUUUCUGGCCUCCCUCCUGCUCCUCGUGGCCAUCCUUUUCAUGUAUGCUUUGCUAUAGAUGAAAAUGGCAUUCUAUGUGUUUCCGCUAAGGAAAAAACCACUGGCAGUAAGAAUGAAAUCACCAUAACCAAUGGCAGAGGGAGGCUAUCGGCCCAUGAAAUUAAAAAGUUUAUUCAAGAAGCUGAGAGUUUCCAGGCUGAAGACAAGAAAUUCCUUAGAAAGGCCAAUGCAAUGAAUUCUUUGGAUGAUUACAUCUACAAGAUGAGGAAAGCUUUGAAGAAUGAUUAUAUUAAUUCAAAGCUUAGCUCAGAUGAAAAGGAGAAGAUCAGUUCUGCAAUCACAAAGGCUACAAGUUUGCUUGAUGGUGGUAACAAUAAGCCAGGUGAAAUAGAGGUGCUUGAGGAUUAUGCAAAGGAGAUUAAGAGCAUGUUUGAACCCAUUGUAGGCAAAAUUGACUUGUUCUUUUCAUUUUACUAGACUUUUGCUUGCACUGCCUUGUCAUUGUCUUUUUAUUUUCUUCUUCGGAAAGACAUUUUGUCUUUGAUAGCAAAAACCUUUAUUCUAAUAUUUGUAGGAAAUAGUUUAAGCUUAUUUAAAUUUUCUGUGGACAUGUUUAAAUUGUUACUGUUGUUGACUGAAUUCAUCUUCGGGAAUGCGUGUUUAUAAUCGCGUUAAAAGUGAAUCUCAUGUGAGUAGCUUCUUUGGGUGCUAGAAUUUAUUCGGGGGGGAAGUUGAAUAAAACUUACUAUUAGUCACUCAACAUACUUCCUAAAUUAAUCCCUUAACUCACACUCUUGCUAUAAUGUGGCUUGUUCUCCAGGGUAUGUGUGUUGUAUUGUUGUAUGCUUAGGUCAUCCCUUCCAUUGUCAUUUUCUCUUUCUUUUUUAUUUGGAAAGAUAUCUUGAUUUUAGUAAAAGUAACUUCUUAAUAUCUCAUUUAUCUAUCUUAUUAAUUUUGACACAUUAAUUUCUCUAAC